AGCUGAGUGGGCAUGUCCCAUUCCUCAGCUUGCCUGACCAACACCCCAGCCUCCCUGGGGACGUUGUUUAUAACCACGACUAAUCUGUGUGUGCUGUAGUGACCAGCGGCUCCUAACGUGUCUGUGUGAUGACCACUUGUCCUACAAAAACCUCACUCACCGGAGUCACCCUGAGGGCCCCGGGCAGUUGUGCCGGCCGCCCUGUGAUGCCCAUCGGCUCCCUCCUCUCCCGCCUGUCACCUCCCAGGACAGACCCCACUGAGCCAGCUGUUGAGCCCCUUGGCCGGAAGACCCUGGGGGCUGGCAGCUUUGCCCAGGACUCUCCGGGGCUCGCUGAUCCUCCCGGCCGGGCUGCCAGGAGCAGGUCGUCUGCAGGAUCUCACAGCAGCCCUGACAAGGUGUGGGAGGAAGAAGCCAGGGGCCGGGAGUGGAGCCUGCCCUUCAGACAUCUCAUGGACAUGUUGCCCAUUCACCUGGAGGUCGGGGAGCAGCACCCCUGCCCCCGGCGGAGGGGUUGUCACUUUCUGGGGAGGAGGCCGGUUGACGGCCCUGCUUGGAUCCACCACCAGGACGCGGUGCUCAGCCACAGCGCGCCUCCCCCAAGGGCUCAUCUGUGCAACAACCACAUUCCAGCCACAGCUCCAGGUGCCUCAGCCCCGUGCCCAGACCCAGGGACCACAGGGAUGCCUCUGAGACGUGCAUCCUGGAAGGAUGCUGGCAUGCGGGCACCCACCCCCUUCCGGAGCCAGGUGUCUUGACGGCAUCUGCUAACAGGAACAGGUCAUUCUGAAAGGUCCCUCCGACCCAGGUCACCAAAUUUGGGCCAAAACUGGCAUUUCUCCUGAGUGCCCACUGGUGCUGGUGUCCUCACAGGGCCGGUGCCAACUUCAACCCUAGGUGCAUUUGCCCAAGCAGUGGUGGCUGUCGUCCCUGGGGGCCCGGACCCUCGCCCUGAAGGGCUGCCUCACUCUGCGGUGUCAGGCAUAGGGCUGUGUCCUGAUUCCUCAGAGUAUGGGGACCUGACAUCUUUGGGUCCCCAAGAGUUGGCUCUUAGACGUGGGGGCUUGGUGCUGUGGUUGGGGGCUGCAGUAUCAGGGUCUGUAGAAGCCACUGCCUCAGCAAGGACAGCCUCUCCCAUUGCAGGCCCUGGGUAGCCCACCGUGAUGCCAGCUGAGGCCCAGAGGAACAGGAGGUAGCACCGGACAGCACAGCUGGCCAAGAGGCGGUGGGGCCGGAAUACCUCAUGCCCCUGCACCAGCCCCUCCGUCUCCAGGCCCCCGGCCCCUGUGUGGGCCCAUCUUCCUCCUCUGCCACCCCCAUCUUCACUCGGAUACCUCUUGAUUUCUGUGGAUUAGGGAAGGCAGCCACUUCUCAACCUCCUCAAGACCCGAGGAUGCCCCUUCUGGGGGUGGCCUUCUCAGGCCUCCUGGGUGGCAAGCAGCAGGACACUGAUGCUGAGUAGGGAGGGAGCUGCUGGGCCGGCCGCCACUGCCCCAUUCACAGAAGCCGGUGUGGUUCUGGGGACCUGGAGAGCCCUUUGGCGCCCAGAGUACCUGUGUCUGCUGUGGCCUCGCGGGUGGUGGCCCGUGUGACAAAGCCCAACAGCAAUGGUUACUCGUGGCAGGAGGACAGAGGGCAGAGCUCUGGCCACCCCUGCCCACUUCAUUAGGGUUUGUGAGCUUUGUCCUUCAACCUCUUUUUCUGCCCUGGUUGUGAGAUUGCCUCUAACAGGUAAUGCCAGAGCCCUUCACUCCGCUCCCAUGACUGGGAAGAGGCCUGUGGCAGCUCUGCUGGACCCUUGGAGGCUCAGAGGCAGUGGUGUGGGAGCCCCAUCUGCAAGGAUGCAGAAUGAGCCUUGAGGGCGGCUGCAGGAGAGGAAGGGGCUCCCACAGCCCCACUGACGCCCCGCAGGCCCCUGUCGAGCUGGGGCCCCGGCAAGGUGCCCCCACAUGCCCUCCUGCUGGAUGGACAGGGCCACCCAGAAGGAGCACAAACCACAUGGAUUCAGGCGAGCCGGAGCCAUCUUCUCCAUAGUAUUACGGACUUUGCGUAAGAGUAAAUGACUGUGAACAUUGUAGUAAAUGGCAGCUUAAGAUAAUUAAGCGGUGACCGUGUUAAGGACGAGUUGGUGUCUGUGGUAGGUUUUAGGCUGCUCCUAACCCUCUAUUUCUUGCCUUCUGAGAGGCGAUUGAGGACAAGCGUAUGCGCGUGUGUGUGUGUGUGUGUGUGUGUGUGUGUGUGUGUGUGUGUAGUAAUCUCAACUGAGUGGGGCUUAUUCAAGAGAAUGAGGCGUGGAGCUCUGGCUCAAACAGGAAUGACGAGUUUUUGUCUUUUGGGAGAGUGCUUUUCUCCACAAGCCCUCUGGCCACUGUAGGAAGCAAGAACAAGCGUUCCCUUGGAAAUGUGAAGGGUCCUGGCCUCGUCCCUCAGGCCCCUCCCACAGCACUUCCCACUACUCUGCUGUCCCUGCUGGCAGCCUCUGUCCCUCCAGAACAGCCAACCAGAGCACACUGUCCCCACCAGCCUCCCCUUUCUCUCUGGAAAGUUGAAGUAUCUUUCCAAAGGCCUUAGAAAUGGCACAAAGGUGACAAGGAGUGGCUGCUUUGCUGCAGGCUCCCUUGCAAAUUUAUAACGAAGGCCUUUCUUCCCACCCAAGUCCAAAAACAGAUGCCAGCCACGCCCUCCACCACUUGGAGAGAUGAGACCCAGUGGGGUAACGGAGAGGAAUGCAGGUUAGACCCUUGCUGGCCCUCCGGCCCCUGUUAUCUGGUGGCCACCCUCAUCUUGCAGGGAGGACGCUGCGCUGGCUAGCAUCCGCUCUGCCAUUCAGCAGGUGGGUGGGAGGACACGAGGGACUCACCUGCGUGAGCGUCGCUCCUGGCCAGGCUCUCCAAGCACAUUUCUCCUUUCAUUCCCCCUAAAAACAGAGUGACCUUGAAGUAGAUGUUCUUUGCUCCUUGUUAGAGUUGAAGAGGCCGAGGCUCGACCGUGGGACCAGGCCGCUAAGACGCAAGUGUAGGCCCCCGGCCCCCCGCCAGCUGUACCGUCCCAAGCCCAGGCCAGGGCUGCCCUUUCUGACUCCAGCCCUGUCGCGGACUUCCCUGGCCACCACUGGGCCCUGCUGGUCACCAGGCCACUGUGCAGUGGGCGCUGAGCACCGUCAGGAGUGGCCCACCCGGACCCCUCCACCCAGACCAGGGUCCUCCAGAGCCUGCAGGCAUCUGUGGGGACUCCCAGCCUGCAGCUUCCGGGAGAACUGGGUGGGCCCGAGGAUGAAGGCGAAGGGGGGCCUUGAGGAAGAAGCCCCAGACCUUGCAGCAGCCGAGCUCAUGAACUCGGUUCAUGGCCUGCCUUGCCCCCAGAGGCCACGCCAGGCACUCACCCCUGAGCCCACAGCCCCUGCUUGGGCUGCCUGGUGCCCUCAGGGCAGCCUGGCCUCCUCCAGCCACUCUGAGCACAUGUCUGGGGGUCACCACCAGAGACGGGCUUUGUUCCCUCAGCCCAGGCCGUGGAGCUGCAGUGUGACUGUGUCGGGCGUGGACAAGGCCUUAGGGAUGGCGUCCCGCUCCGUAUUUAUUCAAGGUGACUCCUGUACUUGGCAAGGGAAGUCCACUGUGUGAUUGUCUGUAUUCUUAAUAUAAUUUGUUAAAUAAACAUUUGUUCUAACCUCUUU